GGAUCAAUAAGAAGGGAAAAGUAAAAAAAAAAAAAAUCCAAUUUUGAUUCCAUCCAACCAAACACUCCCCACUGACACUGUUGUUGCUUUCUCCCGCUUUUCUGUUGUUAUAAAACCUGGUUUUGGUACUGUCUUGAACUGUAACCGGGAGUGGCAGAAUCCUUGAUCUACAGGGAGCAGUAAUGGGAAGGGAAGUCAUGCUCCUCCCGCUCAUUUUUGGAGUUCUGGCUAUUUUCGAUGGCGUAUCGCUGGUUAAAGCAGAUGACCCAUAUAGGUACUACACAUGGACUGUCACCUACGGCAAUGUUUUUCCUCUUGGUGUUCCUCAGCAGGUUAUUCUUAUCAAUGGUCAGUUUCCUGGACCAAGACUUGAUGUGGUCACCAAUGACAACAUUGUCCUCAACCUCAUUAACAAGCUGGACCAGCCUUUUCUCUUGACAUGGAAUGGAAUUAAACAAAGGAAGAAUUCAUGGCAAGAUGGAGUAGUGGGCACCAAUUGUCCCAUUCCUCCAAACGCAAACUUCACCUACAAGUUUCAGACCAAGGAUCAGAUUGGUUCCUACACUUAUUUUCCAUCAACUUCAAUGCAUAGAGCUGCUGGAGGAUAUGGAGCUAUCAAUGUCUAUGAGAGACCUAAAAUACCAAUCCCGUUCCCCAACCCUGAAGGAGAUUUCACUUUGCUUAUUGGAGAUUGGUACAAGAGUACCAGCCAUAAGACAUUACAGCAAUAUUUGGACUCGGGGAAGCCUCUCCCAUUUCCUGAUGGGGUCCUCAUAAAUGGUCAGGCCCAUACUACAUUUAAUGGUGAUCAAGGUAAGACCUACAUGUUCAGAAUCUCAAAUGUGGGUUUAUCAACCUCUUUAAACUUCAGGAUUCAGGGCCAUACUCUGAAACUAGUUGAGGUUGAGGGAUCUCAUACAGUCCAGAAUAUAUAUGAUUCACUUGAUGUACAUGUUGGUCAAUCUGUGGCCGUCUUGAUAACCUUGAAUCAGCCUCCAAAAGACUAUUAUAUUGUUGCAUCAACCAGAUUUAUGCGGCGUGUUCUUACUGCAACAGCUGUAUUACACUACACAAACUCUCAUAGCCCAGCUUCUGGGGCCCUGCCACCUGCUCCAGCAGGCCAGUUCCACUGGUCUAUGAUGCAAGCCAGAACUUACAGGUGGAAUUUGACAGCUAGUGCAGCCAGACCAAAUCCUCAGGGCUCCUUCCAUUAUGGAAAGAUAAUACCAACAAAGACAAUUGUAUUGGAAAAUUCAGCACCUUUGAUAAAUGGAAAGCAGCGUUAUGCAGUUAAUAGCGUCUCCUACAUUAAUUCUGAUACCCCAGUAAAGCUUGCUGAUUACUUUAACAUCCCUGGAGUUUUCAGUGUGAAUUCCAUCCAAGCCCUUCCUUCUAAUGGCCCUGCAACUGUAGCUACCUCAGUUAUGCAAGCUUCUCUCCAUGAUUUUGUUGAAAUUAUUUUUCAGAACAAUGAAAAGACCAUGCAAUCUUGGCACCUGGAUGGUUAUGAUUUUUGGGUGGUUGGUUACGGAUCAGGACAGUGGACACCAGCCAAGAGAAGAAUGUACAAUCUGGUGGAUGCGCUAACAAGGCAUACUGCUCAGGUCUAUCCACAAUCUUGGACCAGUAUAUUGGUUUCCUUGGACAACCAAGGUAUGUGGAACAUGAGAUCUGCAGUAUGGGACAAGCAGUAUCUUGGACAACAGUUUUAUCUCCGGGUAUGGAAUCCGGUCCGGAGUCUGGCCAACGAAUAUGACAUUCCUCCUAAUGUUCUGCUCUGUGGACGAGCUCUUGGUCGGCAUUCUUAGUUUGGUAACAAUAUUUAUGCGGACUAUAUAUAGAGUUCAAGUCAUGAGAGUUUGACUGAGAGAAAAAAGAUCACAGGGAAGAUUAGAAAAAGAAGGGAUGAAAUAGAAACAGAAGAGAGAAAAAAAAAAGUAAGAAUUGUCAACAUUUGGCUUUAAAAAACUGGCUUCUGCUGGGAUUCUGCUCAAUGAUUAUGCAUGAAUUCUUAUAUCUCUCUCUGUCUUUUUCUUUUUUUUUUUUGGGUGUGGUUUUAUCAUUUCAUAUUAUCGUGUUUACUCAAAGAGUCUGUGUAAAUAGUCAUUAUUUCGAUCAGUAAUGUCAUAGUUCAAACUUAUUGCUAGUAAAAGUCAGAUUGCAGAACA